AUGGAAAACUUCCCGGCAUCUCCAUUCCCAGAGUGGCCCCGUGCCAUGGCCCUGACCCUGGGGCUGCUGCUGGCCCUGCUGGGCUGUGCCACGGCCCGGGAGGAGGCCUGGCAAGGCUGGAAGAGUCUCUAUGCCAAAGAAUACCCGGGGGUAGCUCCUGCUCCCCGCAGGGAGAGCUGGGAGCAGAACCUGCGCCACAUCCAGCAGCACAGCCGGGAGGAGUCGCGGGGGGAGCACAGCUACCACCUGGCCAUGAACCACCUCGGGGACCUGACGAACCAGGAGUUCAAUGAACUCACGAACGGCUCCAUCCCGGUGCAGAGGGAGAGGGAGGAGCCAGCACGGCCGUUCCCAGCCUCGGCAGCCCUGAAAGCCCCGGUGAACGUGGACUGGAGGGCCGAGGGCUACGUGACACCCGUAAAAUCCCCGGUGGGCACAGGCUGGGAGCCCAGCCAGGGCUGUGGCAUCCGGGCAGCAGCAGCUCUGCGCUGCUCCCGAGCCCUGUCCCCUGAUUUUGCAGCUGAGAGCAGCACCGGGGGGUCAGAGCAUCCCUCCGGUGGGCUUGGGGGCGAUGCCGUGACCCCACUCUGCUGUCCCCACCUCCCCGGGGGGACUGCGGCGGGGGCCCUGGAGGGGCUCACGUUCAGGCGGAUGGGGAAGCUGAGCGAGCAGAACCUCAGGGACUGCAGCCAGCAGCGGGGCCGCAGAGGGGCCGCGCUCAGAGGCCUUCCGCUACGCGCGGGACAACGGCGGGCUCGGCUCCUGCACGGGCACGGGGAGGGACGGGCGAGCCCGGAAUGGGGCAGAGCCUGCUGCUGGCACUGCCCCGGUGCCGCUCUCCCUCUCUCAGGACACCUCGGGCUGCCGGUACGGCUCCCGGUACAGGGCAGGGCUGCCACCCGCUCCGGCUUGAGGACGGUGCCCCGGGGCAGCGAGGCGGCCCUGACGCGGGCGGCGGCAGCCGUGGGCCCUGUGCGGUGGUAG